AUGCCCAACGUGCUCCCAAAACAUCCACAGACCUCAUGGAACGACAUUACCGAAUACGCUCACGCGCUCGAGACAAGGGCCGACCCGCAAGGACUUUGCAACCCCAGCCGCGCAUGUCAGGCUGGGAAGAAAGUCUCCUCGAACAUGCCUGGUCUCCUCUACCCGUGCCAUGAAUGGCACGUUUCUCAACGAGCUCAUCACGCGGCGUAUUGGACAACCAUCGAGGCUGAACCGGCCCUGAAGACUAGCAUCGUGCUCCCGUCCCUGGCCCUGACGAUCAUUGCCACAAUGGCCCGGGCUGAGGCCUUUGGCUCGCGUAUAAAAACAUGA